GUACUUGGCAGAUACAUUAAAUCUGCAGUUUCCAAGAUGGGCGACGUCGUAAUCAAUACCGUAGUAUCAACUGGUGCAGUAUUAAAAAUUAAGAAAUGCCUGGCUGAGGUCAGCUUCUUUCAACUUUGUGCCUUUUUCCUGAGCCUUAGUGGAUGGCUUAUGUGUAUGACAUCCGCAAUCCUUGUCCAGUGGAGAGUGUGGCACGUUAGUAACCACUAUGGUGGAACCAGCAUUGCUUGGAUUGGGAUUUGGGAGACCUGCCGUGUUGAUGAAGAUCCGUCUAUUGUUGAUGAGCAAAAUCUCAUGAACUGUACAGAACUCAGCAACCUACACACCUUCCUCCCCAGUGAGAUUAUAGCUGCCCAGAAUCUCAUGGUACUCGCUACCAUUGCGGGGGCAGUGCAAACAGGCUUUCUCUCUGUGGCCUUCUUAAAUAUAUAUAAGAAGCAAAAACAGAGAAAACAUGUUUCCAACCUUUUUUUGAUUGCAGGCCUUCUAAAUUUAUCAUCAGGAAUAGGUGUCUUCAUUCCAAUUGUUUGGAAUAUGGUUUCUGUCUUGUCAGAAGCACCAAUUUUCUUCCCUGAAGAUUUCCAUUUACCACAUAAACCAGAAUACCAAUAUGUUGGAGCUGCGCUUCCGAUUGGGCUGAUUUCUGCUAUUUCCCAGAUCUUGAGCGGAUGUUUUAUUCUGUGCAAUAACCAUUUGGCAGUCAAGAAAAUGUCAGCACUGGCAACAGAGGCAUCUGCAAGGGCAAGUGAAACCACUCUUUGUCAAAAGUGUUCAUUGUCCUUAGUGCCUAAAACCCCAAAGCCAGAGGAAUCUGCUUCUGUGACCAUCGAGAGCCCAUUGGACGUGCAACACAUUGAAAACCCAUCUGUGAUUCUCCAGAUGGAUAACUUCUCUGAAGACGUGACCAAUCCCAGGGAGCCUGUUCCAUCACUGCCCAAAAGUCACAUUGUAUUGGUGACUCCAUACACUGAACCAACAGUUGGUGAUGAAUCUAAAUAAUCAGAUUCUAAACACACCAGGACAUGAGCUGUAUACAUUUGAAAGUUAUAGAAACCUUUGAAAGGGACAGUGGGUCUGUUUAUGUUGCAGGAAUAUUUGUUUGUUUGUUUAUUGCUGUAGGGGUUGUUUUUAUACUUUGGGGAUAACUUUUGUGCUGUUAACAAUAAUGGCUGUUUUCAUGGUAUAGGCUACUAUUAUCUUUGAUAGUUUUAUGUUUCUCACCUUUUAUUAAAAAUAUCCAGCUAUUUUAAUCACA